AUGGAAAAGAUGUCUGGUUCAGUUUUAGUUAUGAAGAAAAGAUUUGAGCUGGACACAUUAUCAUCUCCUUACGUAGAAAAAACGAUGAACAACUCUGCUGUCGCUUCUUCUUCCGCCGCUGCUGCAGCAGCAGCAAUUCCUACGGCUUCAGUCCCCCACCUUGACAAGAACCAGAUUCUUGAUUUGCUUUCUAAUUGCAUGAAGCUCGCCAGUGAAAAUAAAAUCAACCAGAAGAAUGCAUGGGAGCUGAAUCUGAUAGAUCACUUGUCGGAUGUUUUAAAAAUGGAGGAAGAAGAUGGAACAGAAACCAAUUUUCAGAAGGCAAGUUGUACUCUAGAAGCUGCAGUUCAAAUCUAUUCCAUGAGGGUUGACUAUGUGCAUUCAGAGGCAUAUAAAGUCCUUGGUGUUAUUAAUCGGGUGGGCCGAAAAGAUGAAGAAGGAUCCAAAUAUAGUCAGGGUGAAAGCAGUUUUAAUAAAGGGUCAGACUGGGAGGUAUCACCUUUAUCAACACUUAAAUCGUCAUUUGAGGCUCUCAAUGUGAAGAAGUUUGAUGUUGCAUUCACAGUGGAUCCUCUUUAUCAUCAAACAUCUGCACUCUUUGAUGAAGGUGGAGUCAAGGGUUUAUUGUUGAACCAUCUUGAGAUAUAUGGAAGCUGUCAAGUUCUCUUUGACUCAUUUGAAGUGCCAGGGAAGUUUAUGAAAUGUGGCAACCAACUCUGUAAUCAAGAUACUAUUGAUCUUUCUUUUGCCAAAGAUUGCAUUGACAAGAUGGUGGUGGGCAUGCGCUCGUCGGAGGAAAUUUCUCCCACACUCAAGCACAUAGUGAAUCUUUUUGAUGAAAGCGAACGAAGGUCAUCCAAUACAUUUACUUCAGUUAACCAUGUACAAGAGGAAUUCCAUGAAACUUGCAACGACGCCUAUAACAGGGAUAAUGCUGAGCUGGGAUUGGAUGACAGUGGAUUUGACAAUGGUGAGACAUGGGCUUUCAAGAAUGCUGAUCUGGAAAGUGUAGUUGGUGAAGAUCUGUAUGGAGGAGAUCCUAGCUUCGGAGAUUAUCAUGAGGAAGGCGAACCUUCCAUUUUCCAACCCCAUAAUCUGGAAAAUAGUUUCGAUAAUGUUGUCGAUUAUAUGUAUCUGAGCUUGGGGAUUAACUCAAAACACAAUGCCUGGGCGGGUCCUGAUCAUUGGAAGUAUAGGAAGCUAAAAUUAGGUUUAGCUGAAGCAUCCAAAGAAGAUGGAUUGGCUGAGGCAAAGAAGGCCAAGAGCAAAAGAGCAAUAGAAGUUGAUAUUGAUUUCAUGAAAACAUUGGAUAAUGAUUUCAUGAAAGCAUUGGCUGGUAUUUUCGCACCUCCUAUGAAUCCCAAGUCGCUACUUCUUUCCGCAAAUAGAGCACCUAUCAAAAAGCUGCCUGAGGAUUGCCACUACGAACCUGAAAAUCUUGUCAAGCUAUUUCUUUUACCUGAAGUCAUGUGCUCUGACAGAAGGAAAUGGAGAAAGUCAUCAUGUGAAGAUAAUGCACCAUGGGAAGAUAAUGCAUUUAUUGGCGAGCUUGACAAUGAAGAUGAUCAUACUGAUGUGGAGGACUUGAACAAUCUUGUUCCUCAGCCUCGUCGGGUAAAUAAGAUUGAAGUCAAAUACGACAAAUUAUCUAAAGAAGUUGAUGUUCAGGCAUUAAAAGAAAAACUUUGGGUCUCCAUACAAGCAUACAACGAAAUGACCACUCAAGAUGAUGAAAAAGAGACAGUAUCAUUUAGGGAGGUGUUAGCUAGCUUCCCAAGUGACAACUGCAAGGCAGAUGGAACUGAAGAUAUCUCUGUUCACUUGCGCUUCAUGUGCUUAUUACAUUUAGCCAAUGAGCAUGGAUUGAGCUUACUCGGCUCUAGCGAAUUUGACGAUGUAACCGUACAUUUACCAUCAAAAUAGGUAUGUCAUCUGUUAUCUUUUGUGUAGUGCCAUGCCAAAUAGCCUUAUAUUAGUUAUUAGAAGCAAGAUCUUUUGUGUAGUGCCAUGCCAA